UACAGAAGUAUUCAGGAAGUCAAUGUUUGGGCCCAGAAAGUAGUUGUGUAAAAGGUGCACUGCUUGAUAGCUAUUAGCUCUACAGUAUAUUUCCCUGAAUGAAGGAAGCAAGUUACUUUCGUUUGGUAGUUACUAUUAGUUAUACUUCAUUUCAGUCAUAUUUUAGAAAGGUCAACGAGGCGCGCGUUCAGAAGUAUUCCAGUUAGCCAGCUAAUGUUUAGCUGUGAGAUGCCUUAGCAAGCUCGGUUCUUGCUAGUUAGAAAGAAGUGAAGUGCUCGGUGUGAAAUAGUGUCUCACACGGUAUCACAUCAUGCCUCGGAGAAAACGGACCACGGGUCAGAAUGAAAGACGCAAAAAAGUUCGUCGACGAGAUAAUAACAACGAGGAGGAGGACGAGGACAACACGCUGGUCAUCUCCGACUCGGAAAGUGACGAAGAGGAAGAAGACUGUGCCAUGGCAAUGACUACAAGAACAGCACGACGCAUAGAGAGAGAAAAGAAGGCACAUGUGCAAGACAUGACCGAGGAAGAGAUGUUGGAUCUGGCUUUGAGACUCAGUAAACAAGAGGCAAACUCUGCAACCCAGAGAGAACAAGUGGACGAUGACAACAUGAGAAAAGCUAUUGCAGAAAGUCUACAGGUCAGCUGCAGUAAAUCUCCAGAAAGAAGCUCCAAGCGAACCAGGUCCGUGGCAAAGCCUCACCAAGACCGAGACACUGUGUCAGCACACGUUCGGUGUAAGCUCUCCUUUCCUAACGAGGAUGAGAAAGACGGUGUGAACGAUGACGAAGAUCCAAAAGCACAAAGUGCUUUAAAAGGUCCUGAGGAGGACGGUCCACUUCCGCCGAUGCCUGAUCUGUCUCAGAGGUCCUUGUCACAACCUUCACCUCCAAGUCCGACCCUUCCCUCUGUGCCUUCUGCAGCAUCUCAAGAAUGCCGUUCUUCACAUCUGGCCAAACAGGAAUUUAAUGCACACUGUCCAGAGGGUGCGUCUUCACAGAGCGACUCUCCGCUCAAGAAGUCGCCCAUCUUCCUCCGUCAUUGCAGCGUAAGACUGAACCAGAACCUUCUGAGCGCGAGCAGAUCCUCCAGGAACUCCCCACAUACAACCAACAGCUCUCUCAGCUUAACCAGUCCAGACAAGUCCCAAAACAGCCCACCUCCUCCCAAAAGUCCUGUUUUUCCUAAAACUGACUUGAAAAGUUGCACUAAAUCAACACGUGAUUGCACUUCCCACAGCAGCUAUACAGACAGUGUACGGAAACCUGAAGACACAUUUCAAGAAUCCUCAAGCCAUAAAUGCAGAGAUUCCCCAAGACGCCUUUCACGCAGCAGGAAAGCUCAGACGUCGUCGCAAGCUUCAGUGUCUGAAGAUGACAAACAGGAAGCUGGCAAGGUGCAACAAACAAAGGAAGAAACCUCUCGGGGAACCGGGUUAAGCACUGUGUCAGACACAGCACCGAACAUGGACGCGUCUUCUCCUGCAGACGCCUGUCGUUUGGAUGAGUAUGUCAGUCACAUGAUCCUUCUUCUGUCAGAUGAUGAUGAUGACGACAACAAUGAUGACGAUGAAGAAAACGACAAGAUUAUUCCUCCAAGCCCAGUCUUCCCUCAGGACCGUGCUUCAUGCACAGGCAAGCCGAAGCUCUCGCCAACGCAACGCUGCUUCUCCUCACCCACAGCCACACAAGAUCACACCAAAUCCUCUUCCCAGGCUCAGUCUGAACAGCCAAACGUUUCUAAAAAGUCUGCAGACUCUAGACUCGCACCAGCAGCGGAAGGGAAAGAUGUAAGUGUUGUAUCGUAUUACUGGGGCGUCCCGUUCUGCCCCAAGGGGCAAAGCCCGGAUGAUUACACCCAAGUCAUCCUCACCCAGCUGGAGGUGUAUGAGAAGAGCCUGAAAGAGGCCCAGCGACAGCUACUGCACAAAGCUGACUGGGGUCUUCCUGUGUUCCCAUGCCCGGUAGAGAGGCCACAUAGCAGGAGGCUGAAGCGCCACAGAGCCCCUCAGCUUCUGGAUGAUGAGGAGGAGGAGGAGGAGGAGGAAGAUGAGGGACGAGACGAGGACGGAAAAGAGAAAAAGAAAAAAGUGGCGCAGAAGGAAAGGGAAGCGUCUCAGUCUUGUUCGGAAGAAGCAGCGGAGGACGGUCAGCAUGAAACCUACGUCGUCGUGUCCUCUCCUGAGCCGCAGGAGGAGCGUGGGCAGAAAUCACCUUUACUGCUUAAGCAAAAGGAGCCUACAAAUACAGCAAAACCUUCUAGUUGUAGAAAGCCUAUUUCUCAGGACCUUUCUGAAGACACACAGAUACAGUCAGAGCCUGAUGAUCCCGGAGAGGAAGCUCAGAACGGAAGUUUCGAUGUGGAGAACGCUGUGUGUCCAGAAACCCAGAUGACAGAAGACAACACACCAGAGCUGAUGGUGACCAGUCCUUCACAGUUACAACCCGACAUUGACGUCAUGGAGGUGGAUGAAGUGACAGAUCCACCCCCUGAAGCUGAGGAGAGGAUGGAGCAGGAGCGUCCAGGUGAGGAGCAGUCAUGGAGGGAGUCUGUUCCUUCUCAGGUAGAGUGUCCCAUGUGCACUCGCUUCUUCCCUCUCUGUAAGAUCGAAGUGCAUGCGGCCUACUGUAACGGCACGGUGGAGGAGCAGGAGCAGGAACAACAGGACAACAUUUCAGGGAGUGCUCGACGGAAAGGUUCGAGAAAACCUGCUAUGGAAGACAACGUGAGGUUUGAGAAAUCAGAGCAGCGAGAGAAAUGCUUCUUGUGUACAAAGUUUUUCACAAGUAAGGAGUACAACCAUCACGUGGAACAGUGCCUUCAACAGAAAACACUCGGACCAAAGCAGGGAAACGGCUUGCUUUCUGCCUUGAAUCGGACAGAAACGCUGCAUCUGGAUGACAGCGGAGCUGGACCUUCUAACACUUCAAACAAAAACAAACGCAGCCUCGUAGACACAUCCGUGACGCCUGGUGACAGCUCGGAUUCUCAAGCUUCGGCAAUUUACAUCAGCUCGUCUCCCAUCAAAUCCUUCACUCCCAUAUCCGAAAUCAAGGACUGCCUCAUAAACUUCCAGCAGCAGUACUCGGACAGGACCAGCCAGAGACUCGGGAGGAAGAGGAAAUUCAAGAGAUAGCAUUAGAAGGAUAUACUCCAAAGCAUCAGUUAUUGCUUUUAUACCAAGGCUACGUUGUGUGCCCUUUUUUAUAUAUAUAUAUGUAAUUUCUAUACUGUAAUUAAUAUCAUUAAAUGAUUCAGUCAUGUUAUUUAAGGUGCCUUGUUAUUUUGAAUUUUGUAGAUAUAUUAUGGAAUGUUGUAUAAGGGCAAAAAAGAGAGAGAAAGCAUCGAUGAAACAUUUUUGUAACUGAUAAUAUCAAAUCGUUAUAAAAUAAAAUUGUUUCUUGUUUAA